UGUCUUCAUAUCUGGUGCAGUCCAGACUGCCAUAUACUCUCUCACUAGUACCUCUCAACGAAAACGACAUUUGUAUAUUCGUAGCCGUUAACCGCCCCACUCCUUUCAAAUUCAAACCCCUCCCUGGCUCCCCAGCCCACCCUCUCUCUCUCUCUCUCCAGGCCCAAGCAGAAAUGUUGAAAGCUCAGUACUCUCCCCUAAACAGUACUCACACCCAGGCCAAAAGCGGCCGCAAACCACUCCAGCCCAGAAAUUUCCAAGCCAAUCCACCCAGCCACCACCAAUUAGUAAAUCCCCAUAAACCGAAGCCAGAGAAGUGGAUCGAAAUCUCGCUGAUCGACGAUUCGAACAAGGAGAAUAACGACAAUCGUCACAUGGUCUACGCCGCCACUCCUACCAAGAUCGAGUCGAUCAACGUGUCACUGGCGGAGGAGCUCAGCGCGAUCCGCCUAAAGCUCGAGCGGAUGAGAUUGGACAAAGAGGAGACGGAGAAGAUGCUGAGAGAGAGGGAUUUGGCGAUGGAGGCCGGUAUGAAGGAGCUGGUCGAGAGAGGGGAGAUACAGAAGAUGCUCGAGAUCGAGGUCGAUCGCUUGUUUCGGUUGAAGGAGCUUAAGUCUUCUUGUACGAGAAAAACCCCAAUUCGAUCUCUGAGAGAGAGGCAACAAGGGAGGAAUAUUAAGGAAGAACAAUCACAGGACAUUAACGCCGAGGACGCGACUGAAUCGAUAGAUGAGAGCCCAAUGCGGAGUCCCAUUUCAGAAAUCCACUCAGAAACGUGAUUUCCCGUACUUGGCCUGUAUGUAUGUGAUCUAGAGUAAUUUGAAUUUUCCAUCUGCUAUUUUUCGGUAUUCGAAACGGCAGAAAAUUGUCGCUAUUACAACAUCUCAUUGUAUGCUUGAUUGAUGUAAUAUGGAAAAUGUUUGGACA